CCUCGGUCCUGAUCAGGAGGGCUUCUGAUCCAAAAUUCCAGGAUGCAUCUACUGAACUGCAUCGCUGUUGCCUUCCUCUUGCUAAGCUCGGCUUGCCAGACGUCUUUCUCAGAAGAGACUGGACACCACGCUGAAAAUUCUUCGGAAUCGAUCCCAUGCCUUAAUGUGGAUUUCUGUCAAGAAGCUGCCAAAUGCUGCCACCUCGGAGUAGAUGAAUAUGGCUGGAUUGCUGCUGCCGUUGGGUGGAGCCUGUGGUUUCUCACGCUCAUCCUCUUCUGCAUUGAAAAACUCAUGAAACUCCAGCCUGAUGAGCCCAAACACUUGGGAGCCUGAAAGUCAACCAAAGCCGAGAAGCGCCUCUGCCUGUCAUUGCUGUUCAAGACCAAGCGAGUGGCUUCAGACAUUCAUUUAGCUUCCUUUGCCGUUGGAGCAUCAGAGGACAUUUCUG